CAACAGAUCAGAUUUCGUGAACAACAUCCUGCCUUGCCUUAUCCCACAUCUUUCAAUCAUAGCCUAUAGCUAUGUGUCAAUUAAGAGACAAGAGGCGUCUCUUGUAGUCAGUCUUGCCAGUAUAUGGCUCGAAUUUGAUGCUGGCAUCUCAAAAGCGCAUUUCUCCGCUUUCAGGAGAGCAUCGAACCGUUCAAGUUCGUCAUGGCAGACCUUUCAAUAAUGGAUCUCUGAUCCAAUCUGCGAAAUGCUGCGAGUCGUUCAUAAUUGAUACUUCUUCGUUGAUUGCGAAUUAUUAUAAGCGCACGUUCGGAGAAAAAAAUAUGCACUCUUACUCGAAGGAUAGCGAUGAAUAAUUAGUAGUUUAAAGGGAUUUGUUUCGAUCGUGAGUCUUGUUUCCAAUUCAUAACCAGGUUCAUCACGACAUCAGGAGAGAAAUGUCGAAUCUCACGGGAUACACAGAACACCAACUCGAGUGGUAAAUAGGUUGGUACGUCCAGAGGAAAUCAGGGGAGACAAACCCAAUAUUUUAUUCGUGUUGACACAUAAGUAUUCAUUGUGCGUUUCAAAACCGGUAAGUUCCGUCAUAAAAUGUUACAUUCGAAUCCAGCGGCCGCAGUCAAUUUAUGACUUCGUCUCAAAUAAUUUCACCUCAUGUGAACCAACUGGAUAGCAGUAUUCACUUGUACUUUGAUUUCUAACACGUCGUUUCAAUCGUGGGGCGAUUGACAGGAAAUAUUGCCACCGAGGCAUUCAUCUGGCUAUGUCCUCAAGUAAUCACAUACUCAAUAUCACUCAAUGGACCGAGGACGGACGCUGGCACCUAUUCAAAGGAAGUGUGUGAAACGGAAGGAAUAAUGUGACUGGUAUAGCUUAAUGCUAUAGACAAUGCGUUACUGAAAGUGACUUGGCUUGGUCCUUUAGACAGUGUGUACUGAAAGUGACUUGGCUUGAUCCUUUGGACAAUGUGUUACUGAAAGGGACUUGGCUUGGUCCUUUAGACAGUGUGUUACUGAAAGUGACUUGGCUUGAUCCUUUGGACAAUGUGUUACUGAAAGUGACUUGGCUUGAUCCUUCAGACAAUGUGUUACUGAAAGUGACUGCUGGUAGGUUGAUGCUAUAGACUGUGUUACUGAAAGUGACCAACUGGAAUUGGUAGUGGAUAUAGGAGGAAAAUUGGAAUAUUGAAAGUGACUAUUUAGAAUAAGUGAAACGAUAGUAUUUAGUAUUAAAGAAAGUCAACAUGGGUGAGGAUUUUGUGGCACACCGGCAGCAACGGACGGUCGAGAUGGUCCGCAUGAUGAACGAGCGCGAGGAGAAGAGACUGGCGAUGAGACUCGGGGUCAAGGGGGGCCUGGAGGGCGCUAGAAGGUAUGAACUGAAUAGGUUUAAGAAAGAGAAGCAGAGGUUAAUGAGGGGGUUGGACAGGAUGAAGAGUCUAAAGGCAAGACCUAGGUAUAGUGACAACCUCCUACCUGACAUACUGACUGUCAAUGGUAAAGAGGAGCACAAUGCAAUUGGGGACCAGAAGGGGCUAGGAAACGAUGAGAAAGGACCAAUAGGGGAAGAAAUGCAUGUGGAGAAUGACGCUAAAACUUAUGAUAGGACGAAAGCUUUGAUUGGGUAUUAUGCACUCGAUACUCCUAGGAGAGACAGUGAUCAGAAUAACCAACUACCUGAACUUGGCCACAGUUCAGGGUCGCUCCCGGAGACAGAACCCACAGAUCUCGACUCGAAAUCUCCUCAACAUUCAAAUCCAGAAAAGUCAACUGAAUGCACAACUGUCGCGCCACAAGGUGAUACUAACUCUUGGUCUAACAUGUCCAGUUGCACUUCACCACGUUCUAAGACGAGGCACAAGAAAAGUAAGAUUGAACGGAUGCAUGAGCGGAGUACCGCCGAAUUCAAACGGGCUGAAGAACGGAUGUAUACCUUCAUGGAGGCCUUGGACGACGGGGAGAAGUGGGAGCUCUUCUCUAUGCUAAAUAGUACUCUUCAUAGAAAGGAAAGAGGAGAUAAACCACCAAACAUGUCCCCAAAUGAACAAAAGAGGAUAGAAGCAUUGCAGAGAAAAUCUAGUGUCCCAUUGAAUGAGAUUAACAUCGAGGCCAUAAAGGAACAUAUUGCGAAAAGAUUGAGUCUCGGGCAGGAGAAUCAGGGGAGUUCAAGCUCACCACCUUACAGGUCGAGUCCGAGGUCAAAUGGACCGAGGAAGCCUGUCAUCGCCGUCAAUACACCAACAGAGAGUGUGCAGCCUGUUGGUCCCAGACCCGAGCUUCCUCUCAUCCAAGAACAUAAACAUGAUAGGGUCAGACGGUGGAAUAACCAACAGCAGACGAUCCCGGAGGCAGAGGAGCCAACAGAGGAGAAUCUCCACGGUGAUCACAAACCCCGGCCGAGGAGGAGGAUGUCUCAUCGAGGCAAGCUGGGCACCAUCCAAGAGGUGGAGCAACAAGUCUUACAUCAACAGAACGGGGACCAUGGUGACUGGAGUAAACGCCCGCCACCCUCACACGGCGUGUUCAUUGACAACUUUGACGGACAAGUUCUAUACGACCCGGAGAUAUUCAAUCCAGAUGGAAGUUUCCGGGCCAAGCAUUUGGUGCCAGAAUUCGCGCAGUCUUUGGCCGUGGCGCAAAAGGCGAGGUAUAUUCGUUACGGAAAGGACGAUAUCCCCGAGCAUGAAAAAGACUUAUCAUUGGAUGAAAUCUUUGGCAAGUCGGAAGCGAACGACGAGAUUUAUCAGUUAAACGAAAAGGAGGGAGAGGCAACAGAGCACUUGUGCUCAUGAAAUACUUGUGUCCCCUGCUUCCAGACAUUGUUUUCCCUAGGCCACAUGAUUUGGAAACAGAGUAUUGUACAUUUUACAUGUAAGCUGCACAAUAACCCAUUUCCAAAUCGUGCGACACAGGGAAAACAAUUCUGGGCCAACCUGUACAAUCAGCAGCUCUUCAGUCAUACCUGUAGCUUUGUUUCUGUGAAACUUCACUCAGGACUUCAGAACGUGUGCAAUGGGAGGAGCAUGCGACUGGGAUGAUGAAGCAGUUGAUAUAUAUAACGGUAUCUCUAGCACCCACUUAGCUUUGUCCAGAAAAUGGAGAUAUUUUUCAUAAAAGUGCACAAGUUCUAAACGGUUAAUUCCAUACUGAGGCCAAUCAGUUACUUCCUUGUCAUUCUGAAACUCAAAGAGAAUAUUCUGGCGUUUCAAAAUGAAAACACCCCUGACACUUAUUUAUUGCACACAAAAUGAGACUGGCCAAGAAAAAGGAAGGUGCUGCAUGCUGGGAAGGGAAGUAUGGAAAUCAAUGGCCAAUGGUUAAUCAUGAGGUUGUGGGUUCGACCCUCCAAAGGAUCACCGCCGUUUCAUCUCUGUGUCCUUGGGCAAAACACUUAAUCCUACUUCCUUCUCUCAACCCAGGAGUAAAUAGGCACCAGGCCUGCCUAGGAAGUGGACCUGCACUGGAUUAGCAUCCUGUCUAGGAAAGUGAUUCUCAGUUGCUUAAUGCUUCCAGAAACCAAGACAAGCUGCAGCCAACAUGAGCUGUUCAGUAGCACAGGGAAUAGCCCAGCCAUCUUUAACUGAUGCUUGGUGGCGUCCUUUUGAAAAGAGGAUGAUCUUGACCCUUGCCCUUGGUCUUGUGCUCAAUUAGAAUCUGGCCAACAAUCACCACAACAAGACAAUAAAGUCAUGUUUUAUAAUAGA